AUGCACCGUACACAGAUCGAGCAACAAUACGGCAUUAGCUUUCAUGUUCCUGAGCGGUAUCAGGAUUUGAAUGUUAUUGGUAAAGGAUCAUAUGGUAUUGUUUGUGCUGCAAAGGAUACAUUAACCAAUUCCAAAGUAGCCAUCAAGAAAGUCAUCCGAUGUUUUGAUCAUCAUGUUUUUGCUGUUAGAUUAUUAAGAGAAGUUAAAAUUCUUGGCUUUUUAAAUCAUCCAAACGUUAUUGAUUUAAAGCAUGUACAAUUACCAUUCCCCGAUAGAGAUAAUUUUACAGAAUUAUACAUGUAUACAGAUUUGAUGGAUACGGACUUGAAAACUAUUAUACAAUCAUCUCAAGAAUUGACUAAUGACCAUAUCCAAUUCUUCAUGUAUCAAAUACUUAAAGCUGUACAUUAUAUACAUAGUGGAAAUGUUAUUCACAGAGAUUUGAAACCUAGUAAUAUACUUAUUAAUAGUGAUUGUAAUAUUAAAAUUUGUGAUUUAGGAUUGGCUAGAGGAUACAAUGAUGGAACAAAUGCUAACGAGUCAGUACUUAAAGGAUUAUUAAAAGGACAAAAACAAAUGAAGCCAAAACUUACUGAAUACGUAGUGACACGUUGGUAUAGAGCUCCAGAGUUACUUCUUCAAUCGAAUGCCUAUGGUAAACAAGUGGACGUGUGGAGUGUUGGAUGUAUAUUUGCAGAAUUGUUAGGAAGAGAACCACUGUUUAGAGGAAGUUCACAUUAUGAUCAACUUGUUAAAAUUUUUGAUGUUAUUGGAACUCCAAAGGAUAAGACAGACUUUGAAGGAAUUGAAUUGACAGAUUCUAGUUACAAUAUCCUUCAACAGAUUAAAGUGAAACCUAAACGAGAUUUUACCAGCAUUUUCCCUAAUGCUACAAAUGAUGCUGUUGAUUUACUAGAAAAAUUACUUUGUUUUUCACCAAAGCAAAGAAUUAGUGCUUCUGAAGCUCUAGAACAUCCAUAUUUUGAAGAUAUCCAUACAUUUAAUGAUUAUGAUUUUGCUUCAUCAUCAUUUGACUAUAGUUUUGAAGCUGAUGCAACUAGUAUUCCAGCAAUAAGGCACAUGCUCUAUGACGAAAUUGCUAGAAAGUAUGACCACUCAAAUGAUAGAGAAGAUGUCAUGACUAGAUAUGAAUUACAGACCUCUAUGAAACCUCCAGUUUCAACUGCUGUACAGCAAAAUAAUGUACAACAAACCACAAACAAUUAUCAACCUCAAUCUCAACAUUACAAUCAUCAACAACAACAAUAUGAUGAGGAUGACGAGAGUGAUGAAGGGGACGAUGAGGAAGUAGAAGAUAUGGACUUUGUGGGCGAUAAAAAGUCAGAACAACAACAUCAACAACAAUACCACCAUCAAAUGCAUCACAGAAAUCUCAGUAAUGCCGGUGAUGAUAGCAUCCUCACCACCGAUGAAGCAUCAGAUUAUAUGGAAGAAUCAGAUUCUGAUUUUCUUUAAUUAAAUAUUUCGAGUUUCUGAAAUAAUUUUGGAAUUUAAUCUAGUUCAGUUUUCUGUGGAUCUAUCUUUUUUGAAGCUGUGGCUCUCCUUCAUUUGUAGUUCUAAUAUUGAUUUCUGGCAAAUAGGUCAAACAAAUCAAUCAAAAACCAAACACCGUUUCAAAUCAAAUUUAGAACAUGGCUUGGUUAAAAUACCAUCUAUUAUUCCAAUUUCAUCCAGUUCAGUAAGGGAGAUUGUAACGUUUCCUGUUAAGAGGUAUAUUUGGAAUGCCUGUCCAUAUUUUUGUCUCAAUUCUUUAGCUGCUUCUAAUCCAUUCAAUUCUGGCAUAUUCAUAUCAGUAAUUACAACUUUGUGAAUAUCUGGAUUAAAUUUCUCUACCAAUUCCUUUCCAUCGCAAACAUAAUCUGUUUCAUACCCCAAACUGUUAAUCAUUUUGAUGAGAACCUUUCGAUUGAUUGGAUUAUCCUCAGCAAUAAUGAUUUUUGCCUUCAUUGUUGUUUGUUGCGGCUCUUCCUCCUUUUUCUCUGCUCGUUCAUAAUUGGACAUCAUGGAAAGAUAAUCCUUGUGAACAUUCAAGUGCAGUUUCUCUUAUCUUCUCCCUCAACUUUCUCUGACUGGGCAGGUACUUCAUCAUGAACCAAUUUAAAUGGUAAAUCAACAGUGAAUGUACUGCCUUUUCCAAGUUGUGAUUCAACAUUGAUUGUACCUUCGAGUGACUUGAUUAAAUGAGAGACGGUUGUCAAACCAAGUCCUGUGC